UGCACAAUGGCGGCUCCCAGCCCGGGCCCCGGCUCUGGCUCCGGCCCUGGCGGCGGGUCCCAGGCGGCGCACACGGCCGUCAGCAGCAUGCAGGGCUUUCAGAUAAACUUCUGUGAAAAAGCACAAAGUAAGCGCAGAGCACUGAAGCUGAACUUUGCAAAUCCACCUUUCAAAUCCACAGCAAGAUUUACUCUGAAUCCAACUGGAGUUCCUUUUCAGAAUCCACACAUUGAUACACAAGCAACAAUGGGUAGUAAUCACAUUGCCCCGUUCACUUUCAAAAGGAGAGAAGCGGAGAUGAUCGUGAAACUUUCCAGCAGGCUACAAGAGAGACUGAGAACACACAGCAUUGAAUCAUCAGGAAAAUUGAAGAUUUCUCCUGAACAGCAUUGGGAUUUUACUGCAGAGGACUUGAAAGACCUUGGAGAAAUUGGACGAGGCGCUUAUGGUUCUGUCAACAAAAUGGUCCACAAACCAAGUGGGCAAAUUAUGGCCGUUAAAAGAAUUCGGUCAACGGUGGACGAAAAGGAACAGAAACAGCUUUUGAUGGAUCUGGAUGUAGUUAUGCGAAGUAGUGACUGCCCAUAUAUUGUUCAGUUUUAUGGUGCACUCUUUAGAGAGGGUGACUGUUGGAUCUGUAUGGAGCUCAUGUCUACCUCGUUUGAUAAAUUUUACAAAUAUGUAUAUAGUGUAUUAGAUGAUGUUAUUCCAGAAGAAAUUUUAGGCAAAAUCACUUUAGCUACUGUGAAAGCACUAAACCACUUAAAAGAAAACUUGAAAAUCAUUCACAGAGAUAUUAAACCUUCCAAUAUUCUUCUGGACAGAAACGGAAAUAUUAAACUCUGUGAUUUUGGCAUCAGCGGACAACUUGUAGACUCCAUUGCCAAAACAAGAGAUGCUGGAUGCCGACCCUACAUGGCGCCAGAGAGGAUAGACCCCAGUGCAUCCAGGCAAGGAUACGAUGUUCGCUCUGAUGUCUGGAGCUUAGGGAUUACAUUGUAUGAACUGGCCACAGGACGGUUCCCAUAUCCCAAAUGGAACAGUGUAUUUGAUCAGCUGACACAAGUAGUCAAGGGGGACCCACCGCAGCUGAGUAACUCAGAGGAACGGGAGUUCUCUCCAAGUUUCAUAAACUUUGUCAACUUGUGCCUUACAAAGGACGAGUCCAAAAGGCCAAAGUAUAAAGAGCUUCUGAAACAUCCCUUCAUCCUAAUGUAUGAGGAGCGAACAGUGGAUGUUGCGUGCUAUGUUUGUAAAAUUCUGGAUCAAAUGCCGACGACUCCCAGCUCUCCAAUGUAUGUCGAUUGAUACUGCUGCUACAUCAAAACUCUAGUGCAAGUGCUGAGAGAAAACAAGAUGUACAGAAUCUUCAUCCCAUAUUGCAGUGUUUUAACGCUCGACCCAGACACCAUGUGCAAUAAUGUUGGUGUUUUUCUUCCAUUCUGUCUGUAUAUUAUUGUCACUUAUAAAGUGCAUCCAUGUAAUACCUGAUCACACAGUGUUAGUGUCGGUCAAAGAGAGACCUCAUUUGCUCUUUUUAUGGCCAUAUUCAUGAAAUGUGGAAACAAAUAACUUUUAUUCGUUGACCAUGUUUGAAUAGCACCUAAAGUUCUAUACCUGGAGACUUCUCAGCAGCUACUGGAAUUAUUUUUAUUCUCUCGAACUCUUCCAAUUGUUGUUACAAAUAAUUUAAAAGGAAGGAAGUUAUGCAUUGUCUGUCUAAAUAUAAAGAGACUCUGCUUGGGGAGAAGAACUUAUGCAGCCAAAUGAGCUGUUCUUUACCUUCUGGAACUAGCAAAGGAGGGAUAAUAUAUAUAUAUAUUUCUUCACAAAGUGCAAUAGACUAAUUGAUCUGAAAUUCUGUUGCUUUAUGGUCACAGUGUAUGUUUUGAGGACAGUGUGGCUCAGCAGAACUUCAUAGGGUGGAGAGAGCGAUAAUGUAAAACAGAUUGUGUCUUUACCAAAAAAAUAAGCAUUGCAUUGAAAGAGG